AUGCAUCAAGUAGCAAUGGCAUAUCCUACAAUCGAUUCUCUUACACCCUCAAUCCACCUGCUGAACUCCUCGCAGGCAGCCAAAAAGAUAGCCUCGGACACUUCAAGGGCCUUGUGUAUCCGAGGACAGCGCACAAUUCCGUCCUCUAUCAUCUUCGACCUCCCGCCUAUUAUGAAAACGAUCUGCUCCCACCUCUCCAACGUCGAUAUCUGGAGAUACCGAGCCGUUUCAAGGACCUGGUGUGUGCUAUUUGAGCCUUACCGUUGGGAGUACGUCAAAUGGCAUUCUUUGGAAGGCACGCGCGUCAAGCAGCUCCUCAUCGAGAAUGCCACGCGAGUCCAGCACCUUACUAUCAGUAAUUCCCGCAAGGACGCGCAGCAAGAGCUGCGCGGGUUCAUUAAUCUCAAGUCUCUGCAUCUCGUAUCGCGUCCUCCUGGAGAGGAUGUCUCCACGAGAGAGGAAUACAUGCGGUCAUCGUGGGAUCUCAUCAGAGACAACCCAGGGUUAUGGACGCUGCGUUUGGAUUUCACAAGGGGCAUUGUUGCUCAGCUGUUCUGUCACUGCGACCACCUCGACCACCUCGACCUGGACGAACCUUUACACCAAACCAGUGACAGCGCUCUUGCAGCUCUGAAGCGACACCCUAGCCUGAGGUCCGUAACGCUCACGAUCGCAAUCGACAGAGUGGACGUCUCGGCGUCCUUUCUCCGGCACCUCCCCACUGCAACCCUGCAACACCUCGCGAUCGAAGUGGCUUGCUCAUUAAGUGGCGAUUCGAUUGGCAAACCAACCACUACAUCUGCUCCGAUCGUGAACAACUCCUCUGUCUGGCCAACGUUCCCCCUUCUUCGGCAGCUAAAUUUCGGUGCCAACUUGGCGCGUGCCGAAGACCUUAUUGUGUUCCCACUGCUCCAGAGCUGUCCAAACGUCAUCGAUCUCAUGCUUCCGAAAGUCAAAUACGAGAAGACUUCCUCGGUCAUUGAUGCCGUGAUUAAGCACUGUCCAAACCUCCAGAUCCUGGACCUCCGAUGUUUAGACAUUGACGAGAGUGAAAUCCUUCGAUUGGUUGAGCCGUACACACAGUUGCGUGAACUGUACCUUGGGCGUUUCAUGAAUAGCCGUGAGUGCGUUCUCACAGCGGUCCUGGACCAGUGUGCAAAGACAUUGGAGGUCAUUGACGUCCCUAUCAAGGCGGGCGUGAUGAAGAUGGAUGAGGCAGCGACUGCUCUUAGCCGGACCUUGGGUCGAGCUUUGGCUGGAUGUCCUCGGCUAAGAGAACUGAAAGUCCAUGAAGACUGGCUGUGCGAGGAUAAUGCGAUCCCAAUCUCUGAUCUUGUUCACGCUUCAUGGGCGUCAAGUCAAAUCGAGCAUCUGCGGGCAGAAUUUGGUCAAUGGGAUGAAGCAUUGACUGUAGGCGAGUUUGUGGAUAUAGUUGCUAGGUUACACGGAUUCCUUUCUGCACAGAGCCGACUGAAGUGUUUGUACUUGAAAUGGACCAUACCAGAGAACUGGGACCGCCGCAAGGUCAAAAACGCUCUGCGCGCAGCUGGAAUGGACGCGAUCAGCUUAAAGUGGAUCGGGCUGAAGAUAUGA